UCUUCGUUAUGCGCAUAGCUUGAUACAUUUAGUACCUAGAAUAGUAGUCAGUUAUUAUUCGCCGCUUAUAUAGAGGCAAGAGAAGACAAAAAAAAAUAUAUAUAUAUAACAAUAACGAAGUGGAAGAUAAUUUCAAAAAUAUUCAUUUCAAUUGCAAUUUUACGCCAUUUUCGUCGUUGCUCUUCUUUGUCUGCACAGACAAACAGAGAGACUUAACGAAAUAUACUCAUUGUGUCACCAGUUGUUUUUGUGCGAUUUACUUUUAAUUGCAAACACACAGUUUGACGCCCUGUCUCGCUGAAAAAUGAGCAAGCGUAUGUCAAGAUAUCCGUGCGACACAAAAGUUUAUGUCGGUGAUUUGGGAAAUCAUGCACGCAAAAAUGAAUUGGAAGAUUCAUUUUCAUAUUAUGGACCAUUGCGUAGCGUUUGGAUUGCACGAAAUCCACCGGGAUUCGCGUUUGUUGAAUUUGAAUCGGCACGCGAUGCUGAGGAUGCUGUACGUGGUUUAGAUGGACGCAUUAUUUGUGGUCGUCGAGCUCGUGUUGAGGUAUCAAGUGGUAAAUCUGGACGUGGAUAUCGGGGCUCAAAAUCACGACGUCCAUACCAUCAAGAUCGCUGUUAUGAGUGCGGAGAUCGUGGACAUUAUGCUAGAGAUUGUCGGCGCCAUGGCAAAAGCCGUCGUCGAUCACGCUCUCGGAGUGCUCGCAGUCGCAGUCCACGCGAACGUCGUUCUCGAUCGGCCAGUGGAUCUCGAUCACGCUCACGAAGUGUGCGAAAUGGAAGCCCACGUGAUCGUCGCUCACGUUCCAAUUCGGUAUCUCGUUCUCGCUCCCGUACACCACAACGAAAUGGAAGAGCACCAGUGACUAAGAAUCGUCGUCGUGCUCGUUCAGAAAGUGCUGGUGAUUCGAAAUCACCGCCAAAACGCUCAAUGUCACGGUCAAGAAGCCGUUCAGACGAUAAAAGUGACGAUUAAAUGCACAAUGUCCACUCACACAAUAUAAUCGCAAGAAGACUUCUUCACAUUUUCAAAUAGCUUAAGUUAUAUAAUCUUAACAGCAAAAAAAAAAUAUUGAUAAAUAACAAUUGUAACUCAUCUUGAAGACCUCAUAAAAAACCAAUUUGAGCGCAUUAGAUAGAUCUCUGGAUUGAGUGGAUUCCAAUAAUAAUUAUUUAGAUCAUCAUCUGAAUUAUAAAGAUUUUGACCUCUCAUAACCAAAACCAUUACAUUGGCAACAUAAAAAAAA